GAGAAGGAGAGAGCUUUGGAACAGGAGAAGGCCUUGCACAGAGAGAAAGAGGAGAGGGAAAGUCAUCUUCCUCCAUGGAAGCGUAGUUGUGAUUUUGGUCUUACCCCCCUGCCUACUCCUUCCCUCUCCACAGGAGCAGGUAAGAUGGCGGCAACAGUGGAGGGUGGGGAGCCCAAAGUGCCAUCCCUACCCCAAAAAGCAUUAAGAGACAACCGGCCAGCUGAAUCUGGUACGCCCCUGUCACAAUCUCUAGCAACGUCUCUGUCACCCCAGUCCUCCUUCAAGAAGUUCCGUUUCUUGAGAGACCCCAUAGUUCUAUCCCAGUCUUCUGCAUCCAGGGUCAUCAAGAGGCCCCGUACAUUCUCUGAAAGCCCCCAUCCUCAUUCCUUAGCUCUCCAGUCCCCCAGCAAACCUGGGGAAGCAGAGCAGGAAGGUACUCAGCAAGGGGCCCAGCCUUCUGCUUGGCAAGCAGCACCAAAGAAGCCUGCAAGUCAGGGGGUCCCUGUUUCUGGAGCAGACACGUUGGGGACGACAGGGCCAGAGAGGGAGACCCCAGUGAUUGCCACACUGGGCAAGAGUCCUGAAGAAGAAAAGGGUAAGAGCCUGGUCUCAGAGGAGCAUGUCCAAGCACAUAGAGAGGAGACAGACAAACAGGCGGUGGGAGAGAUGGCCAGAGAAGCAAACACCCCCUCAGGUCCAGCGGGAGCUGUGCUACCUCCCUCACCCCAACCAGUGGAAGGCAAGUUAGAAAAAGGAAGGGAGAGAAGUCAAAAGAAAGAAGAAAAGCUGGGAAGACUGUCUUCCUCGUCUAAUGACUCCUCAGAUUCUGACUCUGGGUCGUCGUCCUUAGGUUCGUCUGGUUCAUCAUCAUCCCAGGGCAAAACACACACCACUCCCAGUGGUAGAAGGCCUGAGAAACCUCAGACAAACACCAUAUCCCAGGAUACGGAAACGGUUAGUCAACCUGAGGAUCCAACUGAGGCCCCAAAAGCCCCACAGCAUAAAAAGCGAGUAUCUGGGGAGGAGGAAGAGGACAUAAACAUUGAUGGAGCCAGACACAGGAAGAAACCAUUCCUUGGAAUACAUGCAGGAGAAGAUAAUAGGCAGAAGGACAGCAAGGGAGAGGAGGUGAAGACAGACACUACAAGGGAGGUGAAUGUGGCUGCCAUGGCUGAGCCUAAGAAGGCUCCUGAGAGCAGUGAGGAGUGUGUGACACCAAAAGCAUUCACAGCCCGUAGGAUCUCCCUUAGCAGCAGCAAGGCCUCUCCAGGUGCUGUUACUGCAGAGGGCGAAACAGAGUCUGGGGCUGGGAGGAAGAGGCGAUGGGGAUCCAGCACUGCAGUCACAACCAAGAAAUCAUCCAUGAGCAUCACCACAGACUCUCUGAAGUCUCUGAUCCCAGACAUCAGACUGUGUCCAGGCCAGGAGAUGGUGGUGGAUCUGCACCCAGAGGAGGAUCACCUCUCUGGGGUGGAGGGCAGGGAGCGGGGUGAGCAGGACCUCAAGAUCAGACGCACAGUCACACAGGUGGUCCCGUCAGUGACCCAGGAGAAUGGACAGAAGGAGUCCAAGAGGAGUGGACACGAGGAGGAAGACCGAGAGGAUGGAAGGGAGGUUAAAGAAGACAGAGAGGAGAAGAUGGAUGGCUCAUUCCAGAGCGACUCCAUGGAGACACAAUGCACCUCUCCCCCCAGCCAUGACAUGGAGAUGAAAACAGUGACCCCCAGUGACACAAUGAUCCGUCGCUCCAUCAGCCAGAAGAAGUCUGGCGUGUCCAUCACCAUAGAUGACCCUGUCCGCAUGGCCAAGCAGCCCUCUCCUCCACGAGGCAAAGUGUCCAACAUCGUCCACGUGUCCAACCUGGUUCGUCCGUUCACCCUGAGCCAGCUGAAGGAGCUGCUCGGUAGGACCGGCACCAUGCACGAGGACUGUUUCUGGAUCGACAAGAUCAAAUCUCACUGCUACGUCACAUACUCCAGUGCAGAGGAGUCAAUUGCCACUCGUGCAGCCCUGCAUGGGGUGAAAUGGCCUCAAAGCAACCCAAAGUUCCUCAGUUUGGACUUCAUUCAGCAGGAGGAGCUGGAUUUCCACAGAGGCCUGCCUCCCCCUGAGAGGGCUGGGGAGGGUGAGCGGGGGGCUGCGGCGGUGCCUGGUCGGGGGGCAGCCCUGCCCCCUUUCCUGCCCGAACGGGAACAGUGGGCGGAGCGAGAGCGUGAGAUGGAGCACAGGGAGAGGACCCGGGCUGAGAGGGAGUGGGACAGGGACAAGGUCCGGGACAUUGGUCCAGGAAAACCUGGAGAGGAAGCGGUCCCCAGACGAUCCCGCUCCAGAGAGAGGAAACGCAAGGAGAGGAAGAUGGACAAGAAAGAGAAAGCUGCAGAUGAACCUCCUGUCAAACUGCUGGAUGAACUGUUCAAGAAAACCAAAGCAGCCCCUUGUAUAUACUGGCUGCCCCUCACAGAAGAGCAGUUUUCACAGAAGGAGACGGCUCAUCAAGAGCGCAUGAAGGAGCGAGAGAAGAGGAGGAAGGGGCAGCAAGAGGAGGUGGAGAAGAAAAGGGAAGAAGAUCGCAGAGAAAGGAUGAAAGCCGCAAGUGCUGCAUCUGGAGAAAGAGGCGAGGGGGAGCGGUACAGAGAGCAAGAGAGAGACUGGGGCAGAGAUGGAGAGAGUGACAAACACAGAGAAGACUGCUACCGCAGACCUGGGGGCAGCAGUGCAGGGGGGGCCAGACGCUCCCGCAGCCGCAGUGACACCCCACCUCGUGACAGACGACGCUAGAGGGAAUUUGUAUGGCUGGAACUGUCUUAAAAUACCCCCCCCCCCCCCCCAUUCCCCAUCACUACAUUUACGUUGUUACAAUAUAAGACCCUACAGUAGACCAACAGAUGUAGUCACGAUCUGUCACGUUUUUUAAACACACACUGACACAGAUGGGGACCAUGGUUUAGCAGUGUUUUCCCCCAGGCUGCUAUCUGUCUUGCUCCAUUAUGAAAGUUUAGAUUUUAUUUCAUUUUGCCUGACUGUUUUCUUUUUUUGUUUUCUUAUGUUCUUGUGAGAUUGACAGUAAGGCAACCCCCCCCCCCCCCCCCCAUACGUAAGUGCUUUACGUAGAGUUCUAUGCAUACACACACUGGUUUUUGGCCUUCACCAGUUGUAUGUGUGUGUGUUCCACGACUGGUUUCUGUGGGGUGCUUCAUCAUUGCUGCAUGUUGUCCCAGUCCACUGUGCUCAGCCUUGUGUCCUAGGGAGGACUGAUGUGUUUGUGCAGUGUUCUGUUCCCUCUGUCUUUGUUUAGUUUGAGGGAUGAGACUAUUAUCUGCAAGAUAGUAGAAAUGACACGCUCCUCUGAUCUGUGUUUUCAUCUUCUAAAUGCUUCUUUCUGCUCAUCCAAUAGUUCUCCCUGUACGGUCAACGCAAGCUGGAGAAGGGGUGCAUAUUAAAACUCCACACAAAUGGUUUUAAUAGUUUUUUAAAUCAUUAUUAAAGCUUUUUUUUGUUUACUCCCGUGAAUGUACAAAUAAAACAAGUUUGAAAAAGC